AUGGCACCCGUACCAAAAGAAGGUGAGUUGCCACCACAACAGAUCCAUUAUCUAAGAGAUAUUUCAUUUAAUAAUUAUAAACCAGAACCAUUUUACCAAAAUUACCAACAAGAUGUACCAAUUGCAAUUGAUUUAGGUACUUUAAAUUGGAGAAUUGGUUUAACUAAUUCAUCAGAACCAAAUAAUAUAUUUCCUGGUGUUAUAUCACGUUAUAGAGAUAGAAAAGCAAUGAAGACUUUAACUUUGAUUGGUAAUGAUUGUUUUGCAGACUCGGUUCUUAAAUCAACAAUGAAAACUCCUUAUGAUGGACCAUUAAUUACAAAUUGGGACUAUAUUGAAUUUAUGUUGGAUUAUUCAUUUGAACAUUUAGGUGUAGUUAGUGAUAAUGGUAAAUUAAAUAAUCCAAUAAUAAUGACUGAACCAAUAACUUGUCCACAUAAUCAAAGAAAGAAUAUGUAUGAAUUAUUAUUUGAAGCUUAUCAAACACCGAAAGUCAGUUUUGGUAUAGAUUCAUUAUUUUCAUAUUAUUAUAAUUCAAAUGGGAGAUCAAAUGGAUUAGUAAUUGGUACUGGUAAUCAAUCAACUUCAAUUAUACCCGUAAUUGAAGGUAAAGGACUAAUGUCACAAGCUAAAAGAAUAGAUUGGGGUGGUGAUCAAUGUCAAUCAUAUUUAUCCCGACUAUUAUCUUUGAAAUAUCCUUAUUUUCCAAAUAAAUUGAAUUCAAGUCAUACUACUAAUUUAUUUAAAGAUUUUUGUUAUAUUUCAAGUGAUUAUCAAAGUGAAUUAUCUCAUAUUCUAGAUAUGGAUGUAUUGGAAGAAAAGGAUAUAGUUGCACAAGCACCUGUUGAAAUACAAGUAAAAGAAGAAUCUAAAAAAACUGAAGAUGAAUUAGCUCAACAAUCUCUCAAAAGAAAAGAGCAAGGUAAAAGAUUACAACAACAAGCUCAACAGAAGAGAAUUGAAAAACUAGCUCAAAAACAAGAAGAAUUUGAUUAUUAUACUCAAUUCAAACAAGAUAAUAUAAAUACACCAGUUGAUGAAUUUGAAGAUAAAUUAAUAAAUGCAGGUUUUGAUAAUCUCGAAGAUUUUAAUAAAUAUUUAACGUCAUUAGAUCGUUCAUUAAAAAGGGCUCAACAUAAUGAUGAUGAAGAUGAUGAAAUUGAUCCUGCUCAAUCUUGGCCAUUAGUUGAUAUACCCGAUGAUCAAUUAACUGAAGAACAAAUAAAAGAAAAAAGGAAGCAAAAAUUACAUAAAGCAAAUGUUGAAGCACGAGAACGUAAUAGAGAAUUGAAAAAACAAGAAGAAGAAGCAAAAAUUCAAUUUGAAAAAGAACAAGAAGAAUGGAGAUCAAGAGAUUUAGACGAUUGGUCUACUACAAAAAGGUUAGAAGUUGCAGAAUUAAUCAGUGCAUAUAAAGAGAAACAAAAAUUAUUAGAAUCAUUUAAGGAUCGUAAAUCUGCUGCUGCUCAACAAAGAAUGAAAUAUAUUGCAGAUUUAGCCAAUGAUGAAACUGGUUCAACUUCAGCGCAAUCUAGAAAAAGAAGACGUAAUGCAAAUGCAACUAUCGAUAAUGAUCCAAAUGAUAAUUUUGGUGCUAAUGAUGAAGAUUGGAAUGCAUAUAGAGAAAUUACAAAUUCUUCAUUAGAAGAUGAGUUAGAAGAAAUUAAUAAAAAAAUACUCAAAGUUGAAGAUGAAUUAAUUAAAUAUGAUCCAAAUUUUCAUAUUGAAGAUACAUUUGCAGCUGCAACAAAAUUUGAUUGGAAAAAUCUGGUUUUACAUAAAUUUAUACAUGGUCCCAGACCAAAUAUAACUAUAGCAAUGCAAGCAGAAGGGUUGUCACCAGAAGAAAUUGCAAUGCAUCCAGAAACAUUGAAAAAAAAUCAUCAAUUACAUUUAAAUGUAGAAAGAAUAAGAGUCCCUGAAAUUUUAUUCCAACCAAGUAUGGGUGGAUAUGAUCAAGCAGGCAUAUCUGAAAUUUCAUCAGAUUUAUUAAGAAGAAGAUUAGAUGGGAAUUUUUCACCUGGCGGUCAAUCUUACAAUUUAAGUCAAGAUAUAUUUGUAACUGGGGGAUUAGCAUUGUUACCUGGAUUUCAAAAAAGAUUAGAAGUUGAUUUUAAAAGUUUUUUACCAACGGGUGCUCCAUUAAAAGUUAGAAUUGCAAAAGAUCCAGUAUUAGAUGCAUGGCAUGGAAUGCAAAAAUGGGCAAAUUCAAGUGAUUCUCGAAAUGCAUAUGUUAAUAAAAAAGAAUAUGAUGAAUUUGGUCCAGAAUAUAUUAAAGAACAUGGUUUAGGUAAUUCUUGUAUAUUUGAUUUUUAA